AAGGUUUUUCGGACGGUUGGCGUUGAUAAAGACACUUAUUUGUAUGCAUGCUGAGCAAUUUGGACCUACUAUAAGCUUUUAAAUAGAUACAACUUUAUGGAUCAGAAUUCUAUUUUUUUUCGGAUAGUUUUCGUGAUAACCAAAAAUGGAAAAACAACUCGGGUUUUCAAAGUUGGACGUGCAUAACUUAUUGGCAAGCACUUCGGAUACUCAAAACGAAAACUGUGAUAUUCAGCGACCCUUUGUUUUAGAAAAUGGCGAGCGUCGUUUACGAGAAGGGAGCCCUGUUGAAAAUGACAUCAUGAAAUCCGAACAUGAGCAAUCGUGUUAUGUUGGGAAUGGAACAACCGAUGCACCGCCACAGCUUUCGAAAUCUUUUCAUGGUUCUUUCGGAAAAUUUGAUUUCAAUAUGCUAGAAAUUUUGAAAAAUGACAAAAACAGCGGAAGCGGAAGCAGUGAUGAUGACUUCUGUGGACAAGGCAAAGACAGUUCGGACAUGUUCGGACAAGACUACGAAGAAAACAACAUAAACGGUAAGAUCAGAAUCAGGAAACAAAAGGGUGAGAAAGUCGUACGAUUGAAUAUUAAUGCAAGGGAAAGACGCCGAAUGCAUGACUUAAACGAUGCGCUGGAUGAACUUCGAUCCGUCAUUCCAUACGCCCACAGUCCGUCGGUCCGCAAACUGUCCAAAAUCGCCACCCUCCUUUUAGCAAAAAACUACAUUCUUAUGCAAGGGAAUGCACUGGAAGAGAUGAGGAGGGUGAUCAGUUACAUGAAUGCAACCAGUUCUCCCAUGGCCGCGCCCAACGGAUGCUUCGAUCAUUUUACUGGUUUGGCAAAUAGAUUUCCGCCGGCUGAGAUAAGAGAAAUCGACACGGACGACGAAAGAUUCGCCCAUAUUUUGGCCAAACAGAGUGCUGACCUAAGGUCGAAUAUGCCUGGAUUUCGACGACCGACAUCGGACCUGAAACUUUCCGCCGAUUUUCUGGCAGGUCGGAAUCCGACCUCGAAUGCUGCUAAUUGAAAAUGUGUAGUAUGAAUAAAAGGAUUUUUUACUGAAACAUUGCAGACGUCAAAAUAUGGGAACCUAGUGCUUGACUGGCAUUUUUGAACAGAUUUAUGCGCAAACGAUGCCAAGUAAAAAAAUAAACCAUUUGAAUGUAUAUGACUGUAUUUAAUUAUGAACGUUGUUUACUGUGUAAAUUAAUUAUUUAAAUUAAGUGUUUCAACAGUUUUAUCUCCAUUGCCUGAGAAAGAAAUAUGUAAUUAACUUCUUUUGUAGUGUUGAGAAAAAUAUAAUAUGAAUUCUUUUGUCGCGGGCAUGUUGAUUCAUUUAUGCGUGUUUGGCAGACACUAUGUUUGGCUAUACAAAUAGACAUUCAGUGUUUCAUUCGGAACACCUCGGCCAUUUUCCAUCGAAAACAACCUCGGAUGUAUGCCGUUACAUCAGUAGAAGUAGUUCGUAAAAUUUUAAAUAAUAGUAUUAAUUAUUUGUAGUGUUGUAAUGUGUAUUUUGUAUAUUUAAGAUUAAAUUGAUUGCCAGUUAAGUGUAUUAUUUCAUAAAUUAUUAAGAUUCCCAUGAGUAAGGACAUUAAGUUGAAUUGCUAGAUUGAAAUUACUACGCUAUCUACUUGCAGCGUAAGUAAAUGUAAAGAUAUCUGACCUUGUUUGCCGUCCAUAUACGUCCAAGAUUGUUUUCGAUGGAAAAUGACCGAGGUGUUCCGAAUGUCGGUGAUUGGUAUACUUUAUAAUGUACUUAUGUAUGUUGCAAAACUGUGUAUGUAUGGUAGUCAAUGACAUUGGCUUAUCAUAACAAUGUAUGUACUGAAAAGAAAUGUUCAAUAUACCAGCUUAUAAGAUUUAUUCAAACAAUUAAUGUGAGUGCUUAGAUAUUGUCAACAAUAUUUUGAAACAAAUAGUUGAUUUAUUUAUUUA